CUCAAAACGAUACCGUUAAGAGAAACCAUUUUAAAUAUUCCAAAUGUACUUACAUUAUCUAGACUAAUUGUUUCUCCAUUCGUCGGUUAUUUUAUUUUGAAUGAGCAAUAUGAAAUUGCGUUAGGUGCAUUUGUGUACGCUGGUGUUACUGAUUUGUUAGAUGGAAUUAUAGCUCGGAAUUAUAAUCAAAAAACUAUGGUAGGGACAGUUAUAGAUCCAUUGGCAGAUAAAACAUUAAUGACCGUUCUGACGGUUACUUUAGCUAUGAAAGAUUUGUUACCAAGUCGAGAUCUCGGUCUUAUUUUAUCAGCCUUUUAUUAUAGAUAUAUUUCGCUUCCAUUACCGAAAACAUUACCCAGAUAUUUCGAUAUGUCAAUCCCAUCAGCAGAAAUUAGACCAACUUUGAUCAGUAAGGUGAAUACCACUUUGCAACUAGUACUCAUGGGUACGACGCUUGCUAGCCCUGUAUUUGGUUGGAUCAAUGUUCCAUUCUUGAAAACAUUACACCUUAUAUUAAAUGAUAUUAAUGGUGAAGGACUCUUCGGUUCUGUAAGAUGUCCAUUUGUAAUUAAGUUAUGGAAUCUGAAAACUAAAGGCCAAAUGGCUAAAAGAGUACGUCAAGCUCAAGUUACGUUGUUAGAAGUAGGUGUUUUGGACGAAACUUUACAUUAUGGUCCCUAUUCACGUUAUUGGUGGAAAACCAAUAAGGUUUUUGAUAAUAAAGAUAUAACUUAUUUUCCAAUCCGUAUUGGACAAAAAACCAAAGUUAUUCUUAAUAAUCGUGAGUUUAUUAUUACAAUAGUAAUAGGUUAUCCUAAUAAUCCCAACUUACCUGGUUAUACUUGUCAAAGUGAUGCUGUUUAUACUGAACUUCCGGUUCAUGAUCCUAGUACUGCUAUUUCCUCGAUCUAUACUAGUAUUUUUGAUGCCAAAACUCACUAUUCUGAGAAGAUUGAAAUAAAGGAUGAUGUUUGUAAAGUUGAAGUUUAUCAGGAUUCACAAUUAAAAAAAAUGGUUGAAGAAGAAUCUCUGAAUGAUGUUUGGAAGUUUUUUAGUAUUAGUAAAUAUAAUGGUAUUCAACUUUUUGGUCUUGAUUACAAUGUUACCUAA